CGACUUCCCCAGGUUGAGGCGGUCGCUCUUUCUCCGCCCGCAGCCGCUGUCACAGCCGCCUGAAGCUUGUGGUUUUGCGUGCGCGAGCUUCAUGAGGUCACCCCAACGACAUCAACACCUGCACCAUCAAAACACCUGCACGCCUCGAGCUCAGUCUCCGCGAACACUGCCGUCCUGAUCGCUGCCCUCGAGUCCAUUUCUGCAAAAUCACCCGCGCAAGAUGUCUGCCGAGUCCUUUGCAGCCUUCCGUAGACACCAUGGUACCGAGCUCGGCAAGCUCGCGGAAGCGCACUGGAACAAAGACCUCCAGCAGGAAGACCGUGAAAUUCUCCAGGCAGCUUCACAGCGCUUCCAGCGCCACGCCAUGAUUGGGUCCAUCGUCGGCAUCGGCCUGGGUGUUCUUCUGGCUGCCCGCGUGCGCUCGGCCCGCCUCCGCAUGUUCAACACAUUCAAAGCACAGGAGAAGCCCACAGCGGUGCAGUUCGCAGACGGCCGCAUAGAGAAAUUGCCGGACCUUACCAACCUCGUAAAGCCAACCGUUCUCGGCGACAUCGCCGCCUACUUCUUCUUCACCGCCGGCGGCCUCUUCGUUGGCGGUGAAACCGGCCUGCUGACCGGCUCUAUGUCCGCCGGCAGGCUAAUCACCAGAGACCCUAGCAGCAGGGAGCGCAUCGAAGCUGCGUUCAGGAAGUUUCGGGCCGAUAUGCUGAGGCAGGAAGCUGAUAAGCUGGACAGCGGCGGAAGUCUGCUCAGCAAAGUCUUCUAGGUACAAAACGUCAGAUGUGUGGGAGAAUUGGGGUAAUGAUCAUUAAUGAGAGUGGCUAUAACGAUGGUGAAGACAUUUUCUUGAUUCGGCGCAGACUGCCAGUUUCAAAAAUCUCGGGCAACUAUCGGCGUAAGUUGUAUCAUACAGCCGUCCACACUAACGUGUCUUGUAUAUUGCAAGAGUCAAGGUCAAAAUAAGAAUCAUUUCGAUCAACACUCACACAGUACAUAGUCCUUUCGUAGAAACACGCCAAUUACUCUGGCCCAUCUCGCUCAAUAAAACGUAUCUCUGGCUCAUGUUGUCUCUCGGGACAGAAACUCCGCUACAAAAGCACACACUCAGCCAGCUACCUCCAGACGUUUGCUGCCUUGACCCUUCGAACCAAACCUGGCUGCGAACUGGUCCAAGCAUGUGAUCGUGGUCUAUGCUCGUCGUCAUAAAGCCC